GGAAUCACGGAAGCAGUUACUCUGUUACUGUGUUAAUAGAAAUACUAAAGAUAUGGACAUGAAAAGCCGAAAACUUGGCUGUAUUUUGGCUGCUGCCACAGCAGAUGCUGCAGGUACGUUGUUUGUUGACUGUAUUUGUGAAUUAUUUGUCUGAUUGUGUGCUUUAGUGCUUAUCUGAGUUGCAUGCUUUUAUAAAUAUAAUUACGCGUGUUAUAAAAUAUAUAUAUCAUGCGAAGAAGUAUUAUUCCUUCAUUUAUUAUGAGAAAAAGUACUGGAUUUAAAAGCUUUAUUUGACAUAUACUGUAUUCACUGUUGUGGAAGUUCCUUAAAAAUUGGGAUGGCAAGGUCAAAGUGCCUAAUUAUAUACCCCUAUAUCUAUAAAGGAAUUCCAAGCACAAUCACCUCACUCAUGGGCAAGUGCAAAAACCUUAAUACCCCUGAGGAAUUCCAGACACAUAUGUACCAUAUAUUACCCCUGGCUGGUUACACCUUUGCAUGUACCCCUGGCCAAGGAUAGCCCUAUCCGCCGAAUAGAGAAUUUUUUUAACUUUCUAAAAUUGUCUGUACUGAUCGAUUUACAAAUUAAAGUUUCUCUUUAUGAAUUGUGAAGUCCAUAUUUGUAGUUUUAUAGCUUUUGAAGUAUUUUUACCACUGUUGAAAAAAUCAUUAUCUAUAGUGGAUAACAUUAUGAAUCCAGCCUUUGUACAAUAUUCCAGGCCUAUUUGGCAUCUAUGCUUGAAGAAUUUCAGCUAUUCUUGAUGGCCGGGGUGUUUGGAUAUUAAAUGGAAUAGCCCAUUUCAAAUUAGGCAGACACUUGAGGAAGUUUCAGGACUGUGGGGUUGGGAGCACUUACAGUACAGAUUUUGCCAAAAUGCUUUAAGUAAAAACAGUGGCAGUAAACUACAGGUAAACAUGAACACCAUGCAGUUCAAUUUAUAUAAUCUACUCUGUCCAUGUGCCAGACAAUUUUACUCAUCAAGGAGAGAAAGAGUCUUGCACAGUAAUAAUUAAGUUAACCAUCUGCCAAUGUGUCUUGUUAACAUAUCACUACCAUUAAGCUGCAAUGCACCCAACAUUAUUAUUUUACUCAGUCUAAUGCCAGAUGAUUUCACUCGGAAAUAAUAGAGUGGGAUCAGGUAAUUUUAUUAAACUUUUCUUUGAAAUUAAAAAAGAUGGAGCUACUGUGCUUAUUAGUGAGAGGACAUAUUUGAGAGGGAGCAUUAUAGAAGAUUUAUACCAUUUCAGGCACAUUUGAGGAGGCAUUUAUUGGGAUUUAAUAGUGAGGGGAUGUAGUACUGUAAGGGGGGGGGGCUUGUUGAUUUAGCCAAAUGCGGUAAGUUAAGCGUGGAUACAUGCAUAUUUUUGUUAUAAAUGAGAAGGGGGCCAGGAGCUAGGGGAAGGCCAGCCUAGUCCCUGUUGUUCUGAAGCAUGACUGUACAAUCUUGAACCCCGACCCUUAGAGCCGCAUAUAUCAUGGAUGACACUAGAACCUAGGUGUGACAUCACUGCUCAAGGUGCUCACCCCAGUCAAUCAUCCCUAGAAAUUAAAGAUUAAAGCUAAUUAUAUAACAGGAUCGAGAGAGGUUAAGUUUCAUUAAGUAACAGAUUAUUUUUGACUAUAGCUUUAGUACCUCAAAAGUAAAAAGGUAGUCCAAAAUAAUCUGUUACUUAAUGAAACUUGACUGUUUAUACGGAGUUGUUCGUGACUCAUUUAGGCUGCAGCUUUUUUAAGCCGAGACAUAUUAUAACUGUAAACCCCCAAAUAUAAGUCCCCCCUAGAUAUAAGCCCCCCCCCCCGGAUAUAAGCCCCCAUGUAUAUAAAGCCCACCACAUGUACUAAUGCUCACCUUAUUCCAAAUAAAAGCCCCCGAAUAUAAGCCCCCCGAAUAUAAGUCCCCUGACUAUAAGUCCUCCGAAUAUAAGCCCAGUAGCCCGGCCACUACGUUAUUCAUUAAUAAUUAUUAGCAGAGAAUGAUGUUUAAAAACAUUGUCAUUGUCUUUAAAGCUUACUAUGUUAAUCAAACUGUGUUAUUAGUACAUGUUUAUUUUCCUGUUUAUGACUGACUUGUUUAUGUCUGAUUUGUUUAUUAGCUAACACAAAAGAUUGUCCAUGUAUAAGCCCCCUGUAUAUAAGCCCCCCUGUAUAAGCCCAUCAAAAAUCACUUACGAAAGUAUAAGACCAGGGCUUAUAGUCGGAGGUUUACAGUAUUUCAAGCUAGAUUGUGGGCGACUCAAAUCAUUGCUCUUUUCCAUGCAUCAAAUGUCGGGGCUUAACUAGAGCAUCGAAUAUUUUCAAUGACUUCGAGAUAAGCCCCACUUUUUUCACGGGGCUUAACUUGAACUUUCCAAGUUAUGUUUCUUUCUUUGAGUUAAGUCCUUGACAAAAAUGGGUGUGGUUUGGGUGUGUUCGCUUAACCCAACCUCGUACCAAGGGACUUUCCUCUUGGGGAUCAAAGACCCUUGUAGACGCUAGUCACAUGAUCUGCUAAAAUCUAGCAGAUUUCUAAUUAGCAAUCCAAGAUCAGGAUUGAUAUUUGGAUUAUUUUCAUAAUUAAUUUAUAAUUUGCAUUUUGUAUAUUGUCGUAAAGAAAAUCAAGAUAGUUAAUUAGAAAUCUGCUAGAUUUUAGCAGAUCACAUGACCAUCGUCUACCAGGGUCUUUGCUCCCCAAGAGGAAAGACCCUGGGUAUGAGGUUGCGCUUAACCCUCUAUUAACUAUGGCUUAACUCAAAGAUUACCUACCUCAGAGAGCCUGGGACUAGGCUGGGGGAUGGCUUAACUGAGAGAAAAUGGACUAAUUUAUGGUACAAGGGGACUUAAUGGAGAGGAGGUCUGGUUUGAUAGAGGAUUUAUGGUUAUUAAUGUUUGCACAACCUUAGUUGGAAAAUUAUGAUGGCCACUUAACUGGCUGCUUAAAUUUUGUUAUUAUUUGUUGUAAUUGGUUCUGUUCAUUUUAGCCCAACCACUUCACUGGAUUUAUGACCUUAACAAAUUUCGAGCCACUGUGAGUGAUGCUGUUGAAAUAGAAUUCUGGAGUCCUUCAGCUAACCCAUUCUAUUGUCUUGAGAUGGGCAAGCAAAGUUGUUAUGGAGACCAGACUCAUGCUAUAAUAAUAUCUUUAGCAAGAAAGAAAGGUAUAUACAAUAUACAUUAGUUGAUAAAGUUUACUGCAUGCAUGGUCUCCAGGGUAUCAAUAACAAAUUUUUAUUUUUCUCAGAAAUUUAAAUAGCAAUUUAGAAAAGAGUGACACUGUCACCAACAGGGUACAUUCUUUUGAUUUUUCUGCACCUGGGCUUCACCUUGCAAAUGCGUCAACACAUUAUAGUGUUACUGAAAAUUACUGUUACUUGGAAAAUAUAGAAUAUAGUACUUGGACAUUUUGAGCAAUAAUUAUGCCCUUUGUCAAAGUAGUAAGUUUAUAUCUCUGACAGGCUGUUGCAUCAACUUUGUGAAUAUCUUUCAUUUAUUUAGUACCGGCCUUUACUGGCUUUAGUGUUAUACUGGAACUCAACACUCAAUAUAUCGCAGAGCAUUAUACUACGUACCACACAUAAGUUUUGUGCUUUCAUUGUUAGAAUUUAAUCUUGAAGACCAGAAACAAGCAACAUACAAAAUGUUUGGUCCCGACACAGACUAUUCCCUCAUUGAUGAAGGUAAACAAUGUGGCAUUUGUUUGUUUGUCUGUCUGUCUAUUUGCUAGCUUUCUCUGCUGGCCGUAGCUUUUGAGUUGCCCGUACGUACCACUGGCAUCAAAAUUGUGCUCGCUUUCUGCGUGGGCUUGCAAGGUAAAAUUAGUUAUUGGUCAUAAUAUUAUUUCCUACAUGUUGCAAUAAAUGAAAACGUAUUGGACAGGUUUUAGUGUAGUCUCCCUCGCAGCCGCAGCGCUAGUAGGGAGUUUAAGAUCUUGACGACGAGCUACCGACUACAUUUGAAAUAGUUUUUGUUAUAUGUAUGCAAAUACUAAAUGCUUGAAUUGUUAUAACAAAUUAUCCCAAAUAUGUUUUAUGUGCAUGGUUUUGUGUUCGGUAAGUUUCAUCUUUUAAUUUUAAUCAUUUCUUUAUAAAAAUACUAUCCAACCUCCAACGUUGCGUAGUCAGUUUUGGUGGUAUGUUCUUGACUCUGUUUUACAACAUAAGAAUGUGAUUUUUACGCUGUAGCCAAGGUCGUCGCUACGGUGAAAAGUAUGCUCUGGGGAUAUGUAAAUUUUGUCUGCCUCUGUUAAAGCAAUGCGAAAACAAGCUUUCAACCGUACUCCGUACCCGUUGUUCGUUGUCGGCAUCUUAAACUCCCUAGUUGUGGAGAGACUACCGGGCGAGCACACCGACGUCUGCGAAGGAGGCUAUAGCUUUAGUCAACUGUCUUUUACAUCAUGUGGUUAACUAGCUGUGCAUGCAACAUCUGCCUCUACUCUCUUGUAUCUGUUCUGCAACUGUGCAGUAGUAAUGUUGUCAGGUUACGAAUUGGAUUGGAGAAAAGAUGGUGAUGGCGAGUUAUGAUUGGUUUUUGAAGUUAUGAACACCUAUAAAUGCACUUACUGUUUAUUCUGAAAGGUUCAGGGUCAUGUAGAUUGUAGAGUACGUAACAUAUAUGAACGCGGAGUGACAGGAUAAAAAGUGCUGGAAAUGUCCAGGGCGUCCUCCCAAUUUUGGGGACCCCGGCCUUUCUAUAGAUGGCAUCUUUUAUUGAACAGGCGUAGACAAAUUUAUGAACCUACGUUUUCUGUGAACGCAUUUUUAAUCGCGUCCAGAAGGCGUUCUAGAUGCAUUUCGAAUGGCAAGGAAGCGCGAGUUGCGCAACGUUUAGUUAUUUCUAAGCAUGCAGUACCAGUACCAGUACUGUAGCUACACUCACAGACAUGUGACGACGAAUAGAAUUAUAGUAUUAAAUUUGAAUAAAAGAAUGAAGCAAUAAAAUUUAAAAUGAAUUUUUAAUGUGGUUAAACGUAGAUUUAAGCGAAGUUAACGGCAGAUGUAUCUAGCAGCGGGGAGCCCCUGACGUCACUUAGAACAGUUGCAAUUCUUGCGCAUCCGUCACUUUGCUACAGCUUGGCUAGCCAGCUACAACUGCUCUUUCGCUCUGUUCCCCUUCGCCCUUUCCCCACCCAGGUUAAUGUUUGUUGAUACUCGGGUUAAUUUUUUUGUUUUGUUUUAGUUUUGUUUUUUGUUGUUUGGUUUGGUUGUAUCGGGUUGUUUUUUUAUUUGUUUUUCUUUAUAGGAUACAAUCUAUAGACUACUAUAGAAUGCGUCCUUUUUUCCACUGAUCAUCAGUGUGACAGGUGCCGGAGGUCUGCCUUGGCAGAAUUGUCAUGGCAAACUCCUAUUGCUACUAUAAUUAGCCUUAUUAUUACGUUUUUUUGUUGUUUUGCCAUAGCUGUUUGCCAUUGCUGUUUGCCAGUUUUGCCAUUUGCCAGUUUGCCAUAAAUGUUUGCCAGUGUUUUGCCUAAUGUUUGCCAUUGCGGUCAUUUGCCCGACAAGGCUAGAUCGCCGACUAGCCUUGGCCACCAACGGCACCUACCUCCAAACUCGGAUACUCUGCCGUUAAUUAAAAUAUAUUUUUCAGCUAUGAAAACAGGGUUGCCAGUGAAGGCAGCGUGGAGGAAUGGCAGCAUAAAAUAUUUUCUCAAGAAGAUGGAUGAAGGUUCCAAAGACACAGGUACUGGAUAUCUACGGUUACCAUUAACUUCAGACAUAAAACCUCGCUUAAAUCAAUGUGAUCUACACAAAUGAAUCUGUCCAUGCACUUUUUUGCACUCAUGCUAAUCGAAAGUCGAAAUUCCCCUCGAAGUCUGUCAAUUGAUUAUAAUAUAUUGUCCUAGUUGACUCGUGGUGCGAUAUAUCGCGUACUUACCGUACCGGAGACAUGCCAAUAUUACGGUCUGGUAUUACUUUUUUCAGCCAUGUAAGUACCACAUAAGUACAUGUACGAAAAAAAUUCAAAAUUUUUUCCUUGACAAGGAAAAGCUAGUCAUACAACGAAAUUGUUCAUGUCUUUGGCCAUCAGGAAAAUUACGGAGUACCUCACAGCGCACUCAGUGGUCUUUGCCAUCAAAUCAACCAACAUAUAGUCUCUUCUAUUAUAUAUCAUCAUACAGCCUUGCAUGAAUCUAUGAUGUGUAAUCAUCAUCAUACAGCUGUUCAUAUUUGAAGGUAAUGCCUUGAAAGGGAGGAAGUACGUCAAGGGAGAUAGGUCGUCCUAAAGGUAGGUCGUCGAGGGGUGGGGCAGUUAGCCGUCCCCCGCCAUUUAGGGUCACGGGAGUUAGCGUGAGGGUCAGGUACCCAAAAAACAAAAAUGUCGAAAGCUCGCAAGAGUAAUAAAGAUUUGAACCAGAGAGCGUCCAAAAACUUAAUGUAAACUGUAUUUCAACAAUUGGUACUUCUCCCUUUCUAAAUUCCUUCCUGCUUCUCUUGCCAGAGUAUAACCUUUUUUCCUUAGAGCCUAGGGCCCCUUAAAAUUAAAGGAUUAAUCCCGUUAAAUGAAUAUUAGGGUGGAAGUCCCGCUUUGGUCUAGUCCAAUUUAAUAUCGCAGUCAGUUAAUCGAUUUUCGGAGUAUUUCCCCGAAAAUAAAUUUAACAAAACAAGUGCAUACGAUCCACACAUUUGUGUUUGUCCUCGAUAUAAAAUCAAACCAAGUUACAGAGGUAAAUAUAUACUGAACUAUUAAAAUCAUACAGUAUCUAAUUAUAUCUAGGUCACCCUGACGACACUCAGAUAGAUGGCGUAACGAAGAUAGCGCCACUUGUUGCAAUGUAUGCUGGACAUCCUGAUCUUUUGUUUCAUGUCGAAGAUGUGACACGAAUGACUGAAGAUAAUGAUAUAGCUGUAGCCAUUGGGUUAGCAGCAGCCAGGUACAAUUAUAUUCAAAUUUAGUAUUUACCAUGGUCCACCCUUGUCCUGCAAGGGAUGCUAUAAGUGCUGUUCUUGUUUUCUAGAAUAAUAGAACGGUGUUUACUGACAACAAACACAAAUGAGAGUAUGAUAGAUGUUGUCAAAUACGUCAUGACAGGUCUUGCUGCAAAUGAUCGCACCAAUCCCCAGAAUCUCGACCGAGCAGUCAUCGGAUUCUUACAAGAGGUCAUUGACUGUAAAGAUGUACCUCACAAUGAAGCUGUCCCUCAAAGAUUUGUCAAUAGCUGAGGUAGCUCUAAUGACUUUGAUAUUUGCUUUUCUAUCAUUUCUAUAAAAUUGAUCAUAAAAAGUUGGUAUGCUACUGAUACGUGUGGCAGAUACGGUUAGGGCGCUGCCCAUUACCACUGUGUUACUAUUACUGAAGUUUAAGGGUGGGGUACUGUUACUGGUAUUUGAAUCUUGAUUGGUAUAACUACCCUGCUCUGACUUGAUGCGCUUGAGAACUCGUGUAAAUAGAGUUUUCUCUUGUGUUUCGGCACUCCGGCUUUUCUUCCUCACCAAAAACUAGCCCUUCUACCUUAGCUUUCCUUUGUGAUCAUAGAUCAAAGACAUGGGUCGUAUCGUGGCAGCCAGAGGCGCUCUAGCGUUGGCUCUGUUACGUUUCAGAUGCGUUCAACUCUCAGCUACAAGUAUAAUAAGGCCAAAAAAAUAUGUGGGUUUCCGGUUUGCCGACCCUACCUAGAUUAGGGAAAUUUAUCUUUAAAAAAGUUUAAAAAAAAGGUUAAAACCGACCUACCCUACCUAAGUUUUUACAAGAAGAAAUAGGAAACCCACAUUUUUUUUUUUGCUAAAGGAUUGGCACCCCUAUACAGGGUGUAUCAAAAAAAACUGAACAGAUUUGAAAUUGGUCUCAAUUUCGCAAAACAGCUAUUUGUAUCCGGUUUUUUAUAUAUAUAGCCUCUUUGGGUACUUAUAAUGUAGAAUAAUGAGAAAAAUUUCUCGAACUCAAAUUUUGUGAACCAGGGGGGUGUGUCUUUUCCAACAAACUAAAAAUGGCUCGCGCACAAAAUUUAAAAGUUGUAAUCAUAUUUUGAAUUAACAGAUGAAAAAUUUGUCGGGUUUUUAAUUACUGUACAAAAUUUCAGGCAAUUUGGUUUAGUUUAAGCCCUUUAACUAUUCACGCAAAGUUACAUUUUUCCUAAAAAUCAGCUAUUUGCAUGCUUAAUUAAUGCCUUUGCCUAAUUUGCAUAUGUUAGCAAUAUGCAAAUUAGGUAAACGCAUUAAUUAAGCAUGCGAAAGGCUGAUUUUUUAAAAUAAAAUGAAUAGUUAAAGGGCUUAAACUCAACCAAAUUGUCUGAAAUUUUGUACAGUAAUUAAAAACCCGACAAAGUUUCCAUCUAUUAACUCAAAAUAUGAUUACAACUUUUAAAUUUUGUGCGCGAGCCAUUUUUAGUUUGUUGGAAAAGACACACCCUCCUGGUUCACAAAAUUUGAGUUUGAGGAAUUUUUUUCAUUAAUCUACAUUAUAAGUACCCAAAGAAGCUAUAUACAUAAAAAACUGGAUGCAAAUAGGUGCUUUGCGAAAUUGAGAGCAAUUUCAAAUCUGUUCAGUUUUUUUUGAUACACCCUGUAGUAUAGGUGAUAUAUAUAAUUGACUAGUAAAUAUUUAUAGGGCAUAUCGUUUUUCUGCAGGUUUGCCAAAGUCCUUCCAGGCAGGUGUGCAUGGUCUUAUUACGGCUAGCAACUUGGUGGAAGGAGUUCGUGCAACAAUGCGAGCUGGAGGAUGUAAUGCUUCUAGAAGUACAUUCAUUGCUGCUUGCUUUGGAGCUAUGGUAAACACUAGCCGUUCUAGCGCCGUAUUAGCAAAAAAGUAUCCUGUUUCUGGUCAGUUUGUCUGUCCAAAAUUGAUGCUCGCAGAAAUGGCGAGUACAUUCCAGUUUCUACAAAUGCAUACAUUGAUUUUUUAUGUAAACUUGGUGACGUUUAACAUUAAGCAUAGAUAGAAUAAAAUGAGAACUAUUAAUUCUUACUGCUUAAAUGUUCAGGGAUGUAAAGUAAUAGAAAUAUAUCAAAUAUGAAAUAUUACAAGAAUAUGCUUUAUUCUCUCACAAAAAUCAUGCCAAAAUAUGCAGUACGUUUUAGUACUAAUAUAUGUAUUCAUAAACAUGUAACGUAUUACUUUCGUGUCAAAAUUUCAGUAAACUGCUUUUUUGGGCAGGAAAUUUUCAGUGAAAUUUCCUUGAGAUGACCAGCGGUUUUUAUUAAAUAAACGUUGAUGUGCAUAGUUAAAGAUGACACGCGCGCUGACUAGAAACAUAAUACUUUUUUGGCCUUAUGUCCAUUCAUUUGCACGAAUGCAGUUAAUACGGAAAACAAUACGGAAAACACUAAAAUGCAAUGUAAAAAUAAAAACACUCAAGAUUGCAGUAUAUAUAGCUACCGAUAAAAGUUCAAUACUUCAACAUUACUCAUGCAUUAGAAUGUCCGCCGAAAGAUGGACAACAUUGCAAUAUUUACCGAAAAACGGUCAACAUUGCAAUCUAUACCGAAAAACGUCAACAUUGCAAUGUACACGCACUCAAAAUUUUAGUUCUAACUAAGGAGUAAGGCCCAUUUUCUUUAUUUCAUUUAGUGUGGAGAAAGUGUUGUCCCGGCAACAUGGAAAAGCAAAACGCUAAAAUACAGCAGUUGGUUAGAGCUUGGUACAGUUGUUGCUGAAUGGAAAUCGAAGUAAAUUAAACACGAUUUUUUUAUCGUCCCAGUUGAAAGUCGUCAAAACUGUAAAUAUUUCUUUUACAGAUUAUCGUCUACGGAGUAAAUCCAUUCAACCUAAAAUGAACAUGCAUGUUUUGUGAUUGGCUUGCUCAAAUAAAAGUGAUCAGUGAUUGUGGCUUGUUCUUUAGGAAACGUAUUCUUUGCUUUACUUUGAUAUAUUGUGUGGGACUUCGCCAACUUCGCAGGGCUAUAUUUCCCGUAUUUUACAACAUUUCGCAACCAAACUUUGCAGUUUUUCUAAUUUUGAUAACUUCUUUCCGAAAAUAUCCUUUGUUAUUCCCAGAUUAAAAAUUUUUCUAAAGCGCAAGUCGUCCAUUUUCUCCGGGUGCUCCGGUUUCCGCCCGCAUACAGGGAAAGUUUACAGGGUGCAUGGUUAGGAUAAACACAGUUAAGAAAGUAAUAUUAUAACUGUUGUGAAAGAUAAAAUAGUCUAUACUACAGCUAAGUACUGAUUAAGUAAGUGUAAUACUUGAUGUAAAGCGCAUUUGAUCAUAUCCACAUGUAAAAAGGCCCUAGCCAGAGUUCUUGUCAUUUUUGAUUUCCUCAAUUUUCCUGAAGCACGCCUAAUCAGUGUUUUUCUCUUUGCCCUUACUUUUUCUUUAUCACUUUACAUUGCAGUUCGACUACAUAUAUUUAUAGCUAGAAUGUGUUAUUAGAUAUGCGCAGUAAACGUGCGCAAUGCAAAACUGAUGAAUCACCUUAAUCUUCUGAAAGAAACGUUAACUCGGCAGAUAUAGUUCAAAUAUUUCAGAAAAUUAUUCGAUGUAAAUACAUUAAAGGGCGAACAAAUAAAAUAAAAGGGCGAACAAAUAAAACCUAUAUAUAUAUAUAGGACCUAUAUAACGAAGGACGAAUACAAAAUCUGUAAAAGCAAUACUUUCAUCUUUUGUCGGUUCUUUCAGAUGUAAAUGUAAUGUUAGAAAUUUUAUAUAAAUUUUAUACAAGUUCAUACACAGCUCAGUGGUAAGCACAGUGUUACUUGACGUUUGACAUGAUGACGAUUGAACCCGAAACUUUUGAAGGGUUCUAUUUGAUGACGUAUUGUUAUGACGUAAAGUUAACACAAAACUGCUGAUUAAACAUACUGUAUUAGCCUGAACAGACAGAUACGUAGUGGUUGAAAUAUACGAACGUGUUAUGUUUAAUAGAUGAUGGUUAAAUCUAAAACACUUCUAAAAGGAGGAUUUAACUUGAUAGUAUAAUGUAAACAUAAUGUUAAGACAAUCAAACAAUCAUUAAAAGAUGUAUACUAG